AUGAAGCCAAUCCUGGACAAGGAAUGGAGAUACGCAAUUGCCUCGAUGAAGAUGGUCCUUGUGGCGCGCUUUCCGUGGUCCUUGUCUCGCUUUUCCUUCUUGGAGAAGUACCUUAAGGAUCCGAAUUUCGCCUAUACUCUAAGACUUGAUACCGAAGUUGAGGGAGAGGAGAAACUCCUUGCGCGACUCGAACAGACCAAAGCGCUUAUUAACCGCCAAUGUCGGGGGCUGUUGGAAGUAUCGCACCGUCGAGUGACCCGUGAAACAACGGUCACAUUCGCACAUCGAUCAAUACCCGAAUUACUCAUACAAGAGCCCAGGUUCACUCAAUACCAGGCGUUUCCUGAUGGGUGUGAUGCACUGGAUGCGUUGAGCCAGAUGCUGCUGGCCGACCUCACAUGCCAUGCCACAUACAACAGAUUGCAGCGGCGCACUAUGAAAAUUUGGCAUCAGUGCGUCAGAAUAACGCCUUCCACGCGAGAGGUCUCCUGCGAGACCAUAUGGGCAUACCCGAUGGCGGGUUUACUUCCCCAGUUUCGAAUCCCUUACGAAUUGUGGACCGAUGUCUUAAAUGUCCAUCAGCUUCUCAAUGCUCUGGGUAGACUAGAUCAAACUCCGCGGCGGUCGAAGAAGAUCGCCGAAUUCCUGAUUGCAGUUGCUAGAGCCAUUGAGUACACUCUUCCGUCUGAAUUCGACUUUCGAUUGAGCUUCCCCCCCGUUCCGCUUCCGGUGCCGUAUCCAAGAGAGAAAAAUCCAGAAGUCAUUGUGGGUGUCAAGGUACUGUUUCAAAUCCUCGCUGCAUGCAAUGGGAUAAUAUGGCCCGAGUGUCAAGAUGCUCUCGGGCAAAAGAUUCCAUUCAACACGCUGGCCUGCAACGUCAUUAUCGCAACGCAGGCAGAGCAACCCCACUUGACGUGGGGCCUCAUCGCAAGUCUCAAGACCUUUUUGUCUCGAGGUUUCUCACUAGCCAGUCCUGCCGAGCUCGAUGAUGCGGUAAACCUUUCACAUUGGGAAUGCUUCUUGGCCGAGGCCUUGGCCCACACACCCGACUUUCCAAAGCUUCGACGCCUCUUUCCUCUGUUCCAUCUGUUCUUGCUAUGCGGUGGUGAUGCGCGUGUGAAUUUCAAGAUCAGGCUGGAAGCGCAGCCUAGCCGUGCGCAAAGUCAGAGCAACCCGCCGCGAGGUGCGCUGGGCCUUGUGGCGGGCGCGGGCGAGGAGAGCAAGGAAAACAUAUACCAUUUCCGACACCUGGAAUCUGUAGCUACUUUGGGAGCGCUCAGAGAUAGGCUUGGAGACGAAUUCUCUCUUGAGGAUGUUUCCAGAUCACUGGCCCCACCGGAGGAAGCACCCACACUCCACGAACUAGUCGUCCUGCGGCUGGCCGAACUGUCGCCAGAAGAGCAAGCAUCGAGGACCGCAGGGCUGAAAACACGUGUCGAACGGAUGCUCACUGUUGAGUCCAUCGAGGAGGCACCCCGUCUCUAG